AAGCAAAGCCAGAGAUGAUAAACAUGCGGAAAAUGGGUACAGCCUUAAAACACAGAAGACCCCUUGCUGAUAAACAGCACCCCCAUCUUUCUUUAAAAGCCUCCCCCAACCCCCCCUUCUCUGUUCGAAGUGCAUUGUGGGGAGGAAAGUCGUUGCCAUUCGACCUCUGCGGGGCCUGCGCGGACGCAGCGAGAACCCUGAAAUUCAUUAUGCGUUUAAAACCUUUAUUUAUUUCCGCAUAACCUACAUACUCUCACCGGGAGGGCCAAAGCGGAAAAAAAGAAACGACGACGCCCCAUCUCUUUCGGAAAACACGUCGCUUAUAAAUACAUUAUCUUUGUCGGUGGGGGAUACUGUUGAGAAAGUGAAGAUUGUAGUAUAUAUUGAGAAAAAUGUCCGGUGAGAGAAACCGCAGGUCGUUGGCUUUCCGAGGAGGUGGAUUAGCUGGGUUAACGGGUUCCAGCAGUAUUGCUGGGGGGAACUGUAACAGCUGGGAGGCCCUGGCCUGUCAAGACCGACAUUUUAACGGGAAUAGGCCAGAUCAAGAGGAGGACCGGGAUCUGGGGGCAAAAGGACCAUCGCAGAAGAGAGUGGAGGGCGCUGGGUCUGUCAGCGACAGCACGGAACCCGAGGCGGAGGAAGAAGAGGACCCGGAAGGGGGCAACUGGGUAGCCGGAGACGAUCGUGUCAGCUUGGUAGAAGCGGAGGACGGUUUCAGGAAGGGUAAUAGCUGGACAGCGGGGAACGGUCCAAACAUCGCCGACGGCCAGGAGUCGAGAAGCGGUGCGACGGGAGGCGAGACGGGAUCCAGGAAAUCAGGGGUUGAGAUGAGACCACAGACGUUGCUUCAGAAACACUCACUAUUCCAUGCUUCAUGGUUGCAAGAAUUUCCAUGGCUCAAAUUCUGCCAGGAGACGGGACUUAUGUCCUGUUCUUGGUGCCACAACAUUGCCACUAAAAACAGCGAUGAGCUUGUUAAUGGCAGUCGCAACUACAAACGGGCCUUACUGCUGAGACAUCACCUGUCUUCUGAGCACGGGAGAAAUGACCCCACCAAACAGGAGACAGUGAGGCUGUCAGACAACACCAGCCCCUCCAUUAACUGCUCAGAGGAUGACUACCGCAACAAGCCCAAUGAGAACUCCUACUGUUACCAGCUUCUCCAGGAGCUGAACAAGCAGCGCAAAAGUGGCAUCCUCUGUGACGUCAACAUUGUUGUUUCCGGUCAGGUAUUCCGUGCACACAAAAACAUCCUCUUCAAAACCCUCUACUGUCUGACCAAGAGUGAAGCCCAGGACCAAGCCACUGUCACCCACCUGGAUGUUGCUGCUGUGCAGGGCUUCUCAGUUAUCCUCGACUUUCUCUACUCUGGGAAUCUGCUGCUCACAAGCCAAAAUGCCAUUGAGGUGAUGUCUGUUGCUAGUUACCUACAGAUGACAGAGGUUGUACAUUCAUGUAGGGCAUUCAUAAAGGAUGCCCUGAAUAUAAGCAUCAAGCAGGAGGCUCCUGAUUCAGUGGUGGUGGACUACAACAAGAGGCAGAUGGUUGCCAGAGAGGGACAGAGAGGGCUGGACCGGAAGCCAAGCAACUUCUGGGCUACGAGCAUCCUGUCAAAGCUGUCGAUCAAGGCCAGCAGCACCCAAGGAAAAGAAGUGGUGGAAGAAGAUGAAAGCAGCAGGGUAAAGGAGGAAACCAGUGAUAUAGAGGUGACAGUAGUUGGUAGUGAGGGCUGUGCCCUGGUAACCUCUGGAGCCUCUGGCAGCUGGACCCACCACAAUGACAACUCGUCAGAUUCAGCAGAGACCAAUGAAACUCAAGCAGCAAGUAGCCAGGUGCAGGUCUUUGUCUGGAAUGAGCCAGCCACAGGCGGUGCUGCAGCAGCUCCAGCAGCAAUCAAGCGAGAGCCACCGGAUGCUGCGGCUGGAAGCGGGCGGAGGAAAAAACAAGCCACCACACGGCGUUUUGUCUAUAACUUCCCACCAGAGCCUGAAGAGGGAUUCGAUGAAGGAAUGUUCAUCCAGCCCUCGGCCUCCUACCCCAGAGAGGACUUCUCUUCGCUCUCAGAAAAUGCUGAGCUGGCCAAUCAGAUCCAGUAUAGCAUCAUCCAAGACUUGCAACAAGGGGAGUCCUGGGAAAAUGGCGAGUCGUCGCACAGCGCCCUCAAUAAACUCAAGUGCCCCCACUGUAACUACAUUGCCAAGCACCGGCGCACGCUCAAAAGGCACCUGAUCAUCCACUCGGGUGUGCGCUCCUUUAGCUGUGACAUAUGUGGCAAGCUGUUCACCCGCCGCGAGCAUGUAAAGAGACAUUCCCUGGUGCACAAGAAAGACAAAAAGUAUAAAUGUAUGGUGUGCAAGAAGAUCUUCAUGCUCGCAGCCAGUGUUGGUAUUCGUCACGGCUCACGGCGCUACGGUGUGUGCGCAGACUGCGCCGACUCACACCAGGCCACUCAGGAGGGUCUGGAGGGCAUGGAGUUUCCUCGCGAUGAAGACUUCGAAGGCGAGGAAGGGGAGGACCUGGAGGGCGAGGAGCCUACUGAUAAUGACCAAUCAAACUGGGGUGAGGGCAACGCUGGUGUUGCCCCAGAAGAGGAGUGAGCAUUUUGACAAGCUUGAGAAACAAAAUUAAAAAAAAAAGUUGAUGUUUAAUAUAUGUGUAUACAAAACCUAGCUGGUAAACAAUCAACUCCAAAGUGCUAUCAAACCUUGAGGUUACUUAAUUGUGCAACGAUAUAACAAAGAGAUGGAUUUAAAAAAAAAAAGAAGCUUUGGUAGAAUGGGAACUCCAAGAUGUACAGAUUUUGUUAUUGUUCAAAUGUGUCCAGCUCUGGGCCCAGAGCCCACAAGACAGAGAUUCUAAUGACAAAUAAGAGAAAUCAGUUUUUGGUGAUAUAUUUUUAUUUGUUUUUGGUUUUAUUUUUUUUGGGGGGGUCGAGUUUGGCAGGGUGAGGUAGUUUUUGGGGUAGGCCAAUCACCUAACAAAAAUGUUAAUUAUUUAAUUUAUGAAUUUAUGGUCUUAUUAAAUUCUAUAAUUUUUAUUUCUGUUGUUUUUGUCUGCAGCAGAGGCACAGUAGCAUCUGGUGCUUUCUGCUCCGUUUGAGAGUCUAUUGCUUGGUGCUUGUAGAAGUACACAGAAGAAGAGCAUUAUUGCCGAGAGGAAGAUUUUUGACUUGCUCUGUAGAUCUUGUUUAGAUGCGCUAAUAAUUAUUAUUAUUAUUAUUAUUAUUAUAUUGUUCUUUACUUUCUUUUUCCUUUCCCUGCACAAAUCUUGGAACCAAAAAUCUGUUUUGUGACUCUGAUGUAUCACAGCCAUAUUUAUGAUUAAUUUAAGAGGGCUGUGAUAUUGUGCCAAACAGACCGCACACUAAA